AUGAGCAUCAUGAACUCGUUCGUCAACGACAUCUUCGAGCGCAUCGCCUCCGAGGCUUCCCGCCUGGCUCACUACAACAAGCGCUCCACCAUCACCUCCAGGGAGAUCCAGACGGCCGUGCGCCUCCUGCUGCCCGGAGAGCUGGCCAAGCACGCCGUGUCCGAGGGCACCAAGGCGGUCACCAAGUACACCAGCUCCAAGUAAACCUGCCGCUUACCACCAGCACAACAACGGCCCUUUURAGGGCCACACAAAUGGACYUGAGAGAAAAGCCYGUCUCAUCAGAAUCUUGUGUUCAUUUCACUUCAAMCGUAUUAAAUAAAAGUUUUAAAU